AUGGCUAAGGAGCAGUUCCUGCAGGAAAGGAUCAAGGUGAACGGCAAAGCGGGAAACCUGGGCGGGGGCGUGGUGACCAUCGAGAGGAGCAAGAGCAAGAUCACGGUCACGUCAGAGGUCCCGUUCUCAAAGAGCCUGCCCCUGUCGCCCGAGGGCGAAACGCUGAAGCCUCGGGUGUUCGUGGGUGCGCAGCGGCGAGGAGCUGGGCACCGGGAGUGCGGGGGCAGGCGCUGCUGGGCCAGGCUCUGCCGGGAUCUGCAUCGGAUCAGCUGCCGGCACGAGGGUCUCCCGGAGGGGCCGUGGCCUGAUGCUGCCGCUCGGCUGCGCUCCUCUGAGAGGGGUAAAUGCGACCGCGGUGUCCCGUGUGCCUGUGCGAUCCGUCCGCAUGAGCUGUCCCUUUUGUCCCCAGAAGAAGAUGAUGGGGUGCUGGAAGGACUGGAUGAGUUUUUCGCAGAAGAGCAAGUUGCUGUGCAGAAAAAAAAGAAAUCCAAGAAGCUGAAAGAUGGCAAGGCUGCCAAAAUCAAGAGGAGGAAGAAGGAGGGUAGCAACGAUGAAAUGUCAGACAAUGAAGAGGAGAUUGAGGAGAAAUCGGAGAGCGAAGGAAGUGACUAUUCCCCCAACAAAAAGAAGAAGAAAAAACUGAAGGACAAGAAGGAGAAAAAACCAAAACGGAAAAAGAAGGAUGAAGAGGAGGAUGACAACGAGGAUGGAGGCCUAAAGGAGCCCAAGAGCUCAGCCCAGCUGAUGGAAGAAUGGGGCCUCGAUGACGUAGAUUACAUUUUCUCGGAAGAAGAUUAUCAUACUCUGACUAAUUACAAGGCCUUCAGCCAGUUUCUCAGGCCUCUGAUUGCCAAGAAGAACCCCAAGAUCCCCAUGUCCAAGAUGAUGACCGUGCUCGGCGCCAAGUGGCGAGAGUUCAGUGCCAACAACCCAUUCAAGGGCAGCUCAGCAGCAGCGGCAGCACCAGCCGUGGCUGCGGCGGUGGAGAUGGUCACCGUCGCCCCGCCGCUUGCCGCCAGCCCCCAGCAGUCUGCCUUGCCCACUGUUGUCAGGAAGGCCAAGACCAAGGAGGGCAAGGGUCCAGGUGUGCGGAAGAAAAUCAAGGGCUCCAAAGAUGGGAAGAAAAAGGGGAAGGGGAAAAAGAUGGCAGGCUUGAAAUUCCGGUUUGGAGGAAUCCCCAGCAAAAGGAAAAAGGGCUCCUCUAGCGAAGAGGAGGAACAGGAGGAAUCUGACUUCGACAGCGCCAGCAUCAACAGCUCCUCAGUGCGCUCCGAGUGCUCGGCUGGCCUGGGGAAGAGAGGGAAGAGGAGGAGAAAGAAAAAGAGGAUCGAAGAAGGGGACGGGUACGAGACGGACCACCAGGACUACUGCGAGGUGUGCCAGCAGGGAGGGGAGAUCAUCCUGUGCGACACCUGCCCCCGCGCCUACCACCUCGUCUGCCUGGACCCCGAGCUGGAGAAGGCCCCCGAGGGCAAGUGGAGCUGCCCCCACUGUGAGAAGGAGGGCAUCCAGUGGGAGCCCAAGGAGGAGGAGGAGGAAGAAGAGGAGGGCGGCGAAGAGGAGGAGGACGACCACAUGGAGUUCUGCCGGGUCUGUAAGGAUGGAGGGGAGCUGUUGUGCUGCGACACCUGCCCGUCCUCCUACCACCUCCACUGCCUGAACCCGCCGCUGCCGGAAAUACCAAACGGUGAAUGGCUCUGCCCUCGCUGUACAUGCCCUCCCUUGAAGGGCAAGGUCCAACGCAUCCUGCACUGGGCCUGGAAAGAGCCGCCAGCCACCCCGCUGCCGCCCGUGCUGCCCGCCCCAGAUGCGGAGCUGGCUCUGCCCCCGCCGAAGGCGCUGGAGGGGAUCCCGGAGCGCGAGUUCUUUGUGAAGUGGGCAGGCCUCUCCUACUGGCACUGCUCCUGGGUCAAGGAGCUGCAGCUGGAGCUCUACCACACCGUGAUGUACCGCAACUACCAACGGAAGAACGACAUGGAUGAGCCGCCGGCCUUCGACUACGGCUCUGGCGACGAGGACAGCCAGCGGGAGAAGCGGAAGAACAAAGACCCACAGUAUGCCAAGAUGGAGGAGCGGUUCUACCGCUACGGCAUCAAGCCCGAGUGGAUGAUGAUCCACCGCAUCCUGAACCACAGCUUUGAUAAAAAGGGAGACAUCCAUUACCUGAUCAAGUGGAAAGACCUGCCGUACGACCAGUGCACCUGGGAGAUGGACGAGAUAGACAUCCCGUACUACGAAAACCUCAAACACCUCUACUGGAACCACAGGGAGCUGAUGCUGGGGGAGGACACGCGCCCUCUGAAGAAGCUGAACAAGAAAGGGAAAAAGCUGAAAGAGGAGAAGCUGGAAAAGCCUCCAGAAACGCCUCUGGUGGAUCCUACGGUGAAGUUUGACAAGCAGCCGUGGUACAUUGACGCCACGGGAGGCACGCUCCAUCCUUACCAGCUGGAAGGGCUAAACUGGCUGAGAUUCUCCUGGGCCCAAGGGACGGAUACAAUCCUGGCUGACGAGAUGGGGCUGGGGAAGACUGUGCAGACCAUUGUGUUCUUGUAUUCCCUGUACAAGGAGGGCCACUCGAAAGGGCCGUAUCUGGUCAGCGCCCCUCUCUCCACCAUCAUCAACUGGGAGCGUGAGUUUGAGAUGUGGGCACCUGACUUCUAUGUCGUGACCUACACGGGGGACAAAGAAAGCCGCUCGGUCAUCCGGGAAAAUGAGUUUUCUUUUGAAGACAAUGCCAUCCGGAGCGGAAAGAAGGUCUUCCGGAUGAAGAAGGAAGCCCAGAUCAAGUUCCAUGUCCUGCUCACCUCCUAUGAGCUGAUCACAAUUGACCAGGCGGUGCUGGGCUCCAUCGAGUGGGCCUGUCUGGUGGUGGACGAAGCGCACAGGCUGAAGAACAACCAGUCUAAAUUCUUUAGAGUACUAAAUAGCUACAAGAUCGAUUACAAGCUGCUGCUCACUGGGACUCCGCUCCAGAACAACUUGGAAGAGCUCUUCCACCUGCUCAAUUUCCUGACUCCCGAGAGGUUUAAUAACCUGGAGGGGUUCCUGGAGGAGUUCGCAGACAUCUCCAAGGAGGACCAGAUCAAAAAGCUCCACGAUCUGCUGGGUCCUCACAUGCUGCGGCGGCUCAAGGCAGAUGUGUUCAAGAACAUGCCGGCCAAGACGGAGCUGAUCGUGAGAGUGGAACUGAGCCAGAUGCAGAAGAAGUACUACAAGUUCAUACUGACGAGGAAUUUCGAAGCCCUGAACUCAAAAGGUGGUGGGAACCAGGUCUCGCUGCUGAACAUCAUGAUGGACCUGAAGAAGUGCUGUAAUCACCCGUACCUUUUUCCUGUGGCGGCGGUGGAGGCCCCGGUUCUGCCCAACGGAUCCUACGAUGGGAAUUCUUUGGUCAAAUCUUCCGGGAAACUGAUGCUGCUCCAAAAGAUGCUGAAGAAGUUACGGGAUGGGGGCCACAGAGUUCUGAUCUUCUCCCAGGCGUUCAGCAGAGCUCACCGCAUUGGGCAGAACAAGAAGGUGAUGAUCUACCGCUUCGUCACCAGAGCCUCCGUGGAGGAGCGCAUCACCCAGGUGGCCAAGAGGAAGAUGAUGCUCACCCACUUAGUGGUCCGCCCGGGGCUUGGCUCCAAGUCGGGCUCCAUGACCAAGCAAGAGCUGGACGACAUCCUCAAGUUUGGAACAGAAGAGCUCUUCAAGGAUGAUGUGGAAGGCAUGGUGUCUCAGGGACAGCGGAUCGCCAUGCCAGACACUGUCACCCCUUUCUCUGACACGCUGUCAACCAAAGGGGGUGCGGUGACUCCCGGCAUAAAGAAGAAGCAUGGUGGCACCCCACCAGGUGACAAUAAGGAUGUGGAUGACAGCAGUGUGAUCCACUACGACGACGCUGCCAUCUCUAAGCUUCUGGACCGAAACCAGGAUGCAACUGAUGACACGGAGCUGCAGAACAUGAACGAGUAUCUCAGCUCCUUUAAAGUGGCCCAGUAUGUUGUGAGAGAAGAGGACGGUGUGGAGGAGGUGGAACGUGAGAUCAUCAAGCAAGAGGAGAAUGUGGACCCCGACUACUGGGAGAAGCUGCUGCGGCACCACUAUGAGCAGCAGCAGGAGGAUCUGGCCAGGAACCUGGGGAAAGGGAAGAGAAUCCGCAAGCAGGUCAACUACAACGACGCCUCGCAGGAGGACCAAGAGUGGCAGGACGAGCUCUCUGACAACCAGUCGGAGUACUCCAUUGGCUCCGAGGACGAGGAUGAAGACUUUGAAGAGAGGCCAGAAGGUCAGAGUGGCAGGAGACAAUCCCGGAGGCAGCUGAAGAGUGACCGGGACAAGCCUCUCCCUCCUUUGCUGGCAAGAGUUGGGGGGAAUAUCGAGGUUCUCGGCUUCAAUGCCCGCCAGCGCAAGGCGUUCCUGAACGCUAUCAUGCGCUGGGGCAUGCCGCCCCAGGACGCCUUCAACUCUCACUGGCUGGUCCGCGAUCUGCGAGGGAAGAGCGAGAAGGAGUUCAGGGCGUACGUCUCUCUCUUCAUGAGACACUUGUGUGAACCUGGGGCAGAUGGUGCCGAAACCUUUGCGGACGGUGUUCCCCGGGAAGGGCUCUCACGGCAGCACGUGCUGACUCGCAUAGGAGUCAUGUCACUAGUAAGGAAGAAGGUCCAGGAGUUUGAGCAUGUCAACGGGAAGUACAGCACCCCAGACCUGAUUCUCGAGGGCCCGGAGGGCAAGAAAUGCAGCGAGAUUGUUUCUUCAGAUCCCAACACCCCUGUCCCAGCCAGCCCAGCCCAGCACGUGGGACCUGUGGCCCUUGCAGACAAAACAGAAACGCAACUUGGGUUCCAGGAGGAAAAGGACCAAGUGGAGCAGAAGUCCAGGAAGGUGUCUGACGGCCAGGUGCCUGUGAGUGCCGAGAAGGUGGAAAGCGAAGAGCACCCAGAAAGCUGCGACAGCAAAGAGAAACCGAGGGAAGAGAAGCAAGAGGAGAGUGAAAAGGCUGAGCCUUCUCCUGAGCCUCUGGUGAAAGAUGAGGGGAUCCAAGAGAAGGAGAAGCCUCUGGAGAAGCCAGAGUUGAGCAGCAGCCCAGGGAAAGGGGAGGACAAAGAAGUCAAACCAGCAGAGGAUGCCAGGGCGGAGGAGAAGGAGCAAAGCGAGGCUCAGCAAAACGGUGACAAAGAGGAGGAGGAGGAUGGGAAGAAGGAUGACAGAAACGUGAACUUCCGAUUCAUGUUCAACAUCGCUGACGGUGGCUUUACAGAGCUACACACGCUGUGGCAGAACGAGGAGAGGGCUGCCAUCUCCUCCGGCCAGAUCUACGACAUCUGGCACCCGCCUGACCGGACCGUGCUUUCUGCUGGCACAAACCGCGGGGGCAGCUGGAGCCUGCAGAGCGGUACCGGCUUGCGCUGGUGCAGGGUCUGGUCCUGA